AUGUCAUAUAACGAAUCAUCCAACAUGGGCCGAGACCGAGAGAUGAAGAUACGGAUGGCCCAAGAGGCCAAAGCUGUCAUCGAGUUUGAAGAGGAUCCUCACCGCGCAGCACUUGAGGAUAACCCGUCCGAAGCAAAAGUUGGCAUCAAAACAUGGAUUGCAAUUUUUUCUAUGGCGCUAUCCUUCGGUCCAUGUGUCGGACUUGCGUUCCUCACGGUUGCAGCCGUCGUCGUGCAGAUUGCUACAGAGCUCGGUGGGCAGGACCAGUUGGCUUGGCUUGUAGGAGCAUGGUCUCUUUCGACAGCAUGCUCCUUCUCCCUCGCGGGACCUCUCAGCGAUGUUUUCGGCCGGAGAAUGUUGGUCAUUGGUGGCCAAGUCACAGUUGUCAUCGGCUCCAUCGCCGCGGUCGCCGCGCAGAAUAUAGGAACGCUCAUUGCCGCCGAGACACUCAUCGGCAUUGGGACUGGCUUCGUUUUCGUCUCCUACGCAGGUGUCCCGGAGAUGUUGCCUAACAAGUGGCGUUCUCUUGGUCUUGGUAUCUUGGAAUCUGGCAUCGCUGUUCCCUGGGGCAUACUCUCCGUCCUACUCGGCAAUGCGUUUUUCAAGUACGCUUCGUGGAGAUGGAUAUUCGGCCUAAGCAUCAUCAUUGAGGUCAUUUCCAUCGUCGGCACUUGGUUUUCCUACCACCCAACCCCGCGGCCUCGGGGCGACUUUGACAAGACUCGCAUGCAGCAACUCAGGGAUGUAGACUGGAUCGGUCUGUUCCUGUUCACGGCCGGUCUGGCCAUUGCUCUCAUCGGCCUGACAUGGGGUGGCACCCCGGCCUACCCUUGGAAUAGCGCCGGCGCCAUCGCACCCAUCGUCAUUGGUUUCGCGGUCUUAGCCGUCGGCUUUGCGUACGACUUCAAGGUUGCUGCUCAUCCGAUGUUUCCGUUGAAGCUCUUUGUCAUGUUCCGUCGUUACUCCGUCCUCCUUGUUGUCCUCUUCGUCUCGGGUAUGAACUUCAACUCCAUGUCAGCCCUCCUACCUCAAGGAUUCCUCUACAUGUUUACGACGGAUGGUAUUGAGAUCGGUGCGCUAUCACUGCCCAACACCUUGAUGAUUGGCUUCACUGGUGUCCUUGCACCCCUCAUCGCCCACAAAGUUGGCUACAUCAAGUGGCAGCUUGUCAUCGGCAUGGCAUUCCAGGCACUGUUCAUUGGCGCUAGUGCUGCGACUGUAUACCCGAACCACAAGUUUGCAUAUGCUUUCGUCCCUGCUUUCGGUGUACCCAUGUUUGUCUGGGUCACUAUAUUGUCUUACGCUGUUGCUAGUCUUCACGUUCCGCACUCAAACCUGGGAGUGGCAAUGGGCUUGUUGGGUACCUUCAGAUCAGGAGGUGGCGCCGUCGGCAACGCCAUCUUCAACACAAUCUUUCAAGAAAAGUUCCGCGAAUUCGCUGGCGAAGAAAUCGCUAAUGCGGCCAUUAGCAACGGGUUGAAUCCAUCUGACCUUGGUAUCAUCAUUCCUGCGGCAAUCGAGUUUAACUUGGGCAACCCUCUAGCAUUGGUCAAUGUUCCGGGCAUCACUCCAGAGAUUCAAGAUGCUCUGAGAGAGGCCGUACGAGAGGGCGCAGGCCAUGCCUUGAAGAUCGUCUUCUACAUUACGAUUCCCUUCAGCGUCAUUGCCUUGAUCUGCUCUUUGUUUAUCGAAGACCCCACGGCAUACAUGACGAACCACAUCCAGUCUGCUAUGGGUCAAGAGAUGGCCCAAAAUCGCGGCAAGCGGGCUACCACUCCUGAAGAGGGCCAGGCAAUCGAGUUUGAAACUAUGAGAACGGUUAAAUCUGAACAGAUUGUGGUGAAGGACUAA